AUGGAUGGGGAUGACGGAGGUGGCCAUGGUGGACAUCACGGAGGCGACCAUGGUGGACAUCACGGUGGGCAUCAUGGUGGCGACCAUGGUGGACAUCACGGAGGCGACCAUGGUGGACACCACGGUGGGCAUCAUGGUGGCGACCAUGGUGGACAUCACGGAGGCGACCAUGGUGGACAUCACGGUGGACACCACGGUGGACAUCAUGAUGGACAUCACGGUGGACAUCAUGUUGGACACCACGAUGGGCAUCAUGAAGGACAUCAUGAUAUUCAUCAUAGACCCCACAUACCACCGUCCUCACGUGUAUAUCCACACCGUCCCAGACCAAGAUCAGAGUGUGUUUGCUGCACGAUUCUUUAA